AAAACCAAAAAACCAAAAAACCAAGAACCAAGAUGAGUCAAUCAUCCUCAUCAGAUCAGGAAUCAGAUCACCAACAAUCAGAAAUCUAUAAUCAUCAUCAAAAAAGACCACUCGAUUCAGAUUAUCAAUCAUCAGAGGAAUCAGAUUCAGAAUCAGAAUCAAAAUCAGAAAAGGAAUCGAAAUCAGAAGAAGAAGAAGAAGAAAUCCAAGUAUUAUCACAUAAAGAAAGAAGAAAACGUAAAAAACUAUGCACCAAACAAGCCCUAAACCCAAUCCCCAACCCAGCACCCAAAGCCACCAAAGGAGAGUACGGAAUCUGGGUCGGAAACCUACUAUUCACCACCACCCAAUCAGACCUCGAAACAUUCUUUUCAUCAUGCGGCCGAAUCACCCGGUUCAAUUUCCCAACCAAACCCCACACACCCAUCAAACCCAACCAAAGGAAUCCAGGUUACGCAUACAUUGAUUUCGAAUCUGAAGAAGGUAUGAAGAAGGCUUUGCAGAAAACUGAGAGUUUGUUGGGUGGUCGAAAGCUUUUGAUCAAACGAUCUAAUGAUUAUUGUGGGAGACCUAAGAAGGGAAUUGAACAUGAUGGGGUUAAAGAUGGGGGAAUUGGGUGGGGUGAGAAGGGCCCUGUUAAGGGCUUGGAUCGGAUGGCUAAACCGGCUGUGGCUUGUUUGUUUCUAGGUAAUUUGAGUUUCGAAAGUACUUCUGAAUCGAUUAUGAAACAUUUUAAAUCAAAUCAUCAAACUUCAACUUCAAACCAAGCUCAAGCAGACGAUCCAGCCAUACGACAGAUCAGACUAGGUACAUUUGAAGACUCAGGAAAAUGUAAAGGAUUUGGAUUUUUAGAUUUUCGUGAUACUCAUUCGGCCACCCAAGCUUUAAUGAAUAAAAAAAACCAUCGAUACUUGGGACGUCAGAUUAAAGUCGAAUACGCUUCUGAAGAAGCGGCUCGUCGGGGUGGUGGGUCUCAUGCUUCUUUAAAUCGAAAUAAAUCAAAAUCUCAAUCCAAUCAUUCAAAUUCAAACUCAAACUCAAAGCAAACUCAAAGAAAAGAAUUUAAACCUAGAGUAGAUCAAAGUAGAAUAGACCAACUUAAAGACGUAGAAAAACUGGAAAAGAUCGAAAAUAUGGAAAGGAUAGAAAAAGUAGAAAAGAUAGACCCCCAACAAGUUCAAGAAGUCCGUACAAAAAAAUCGUUUCAAGGAAGACUUACACCAGGUGCUGCACUUGCAAAUGCUCAAAGAGCUCCUACUGGAAUCAUAAGAAAUCCAGAAAAAGUAGGAAAGAAGAUUGUUUUUUAG